AUGCUUGCAAGUGGUUACUCCUGGCGUCUAUUUUUCUAUGUGGAAGCUGCCUUUGCAGCAGCUCUUUUAAUUCUCGCUUUUAUCUUUGUCGAAGAAUCCACCUAUCACCGAGCUGAACAACCUACCUCAUCUCAGCAUAUAUCAGUAGAAAGCGAAAAGAAAGAAACAGACCAACUCGAAGAGUUGGAAAAUGUAUCUUCAAUCGAAAUACCUCAACGGAAGAGCUUCAUUUCAACACUCGCGUUAUGGAGCACCGUUGACCCAAAUGCGCAGUUUUUCCUGACCAUCCUGCGCUCUUUCACAUAUUUCUUUGUGCCUGCUGUCUUCUGGGUGAUAGCUAGUUAUGGUCUCUAUAUUGGCCUUGGUGCCCUAGCUUUCAACUACACUUUCCCGAUCAAAAUUAUUGGGCCACCAUAUAACUGGAGCGAGACAAAUUCCGGCCUCAUAGCCAUAGCCUCAUUCAUUGGCUACCUCCUCGCCCUCCCAUUCACUUCAACGUCCGACCGACUUGCAGCAUAUCGAACAAAACGCAACAACGGAAUCCGCGAGGCGGAAAUGCGUCUCCCAGCUCUAUUCCCAGUCAUGCUACUUCCUCCCGCCGGGCUGAUCUUGUAUGGUUUCACAGCCCAACGCAACCUACACUGGGUGGGGUAUUUUGCUGGCGUUGCCAUGAACAUGUUUGGCGCGUACUUUUAUUUUACGUUCACGCUGGCUUAUGCAGUGGACUCGUACUAUGCUAAUACGUCUGAGAUGCUGAUUGCGAUGAAUCUCGGGAAACAGGCUAUCUCGUUUGGCAUGGGGUCUUAUCUGCUAGAUUGGAUCUUGGAAAGGGGGUAUGCGGUGGUGAUAUCUGGAAUCUUUGGGGGUGUUCUGCUUGCGAAUAACUUGAUGGUCAUUGGGUAG